CCAUUACUUAGCGCCCUCACUGUUCGGGAAGGAGCUCUAACACCAAGAAUCAUUCGAUCUCUGUCACGGGACAUUGCGCAAAAACUUUUUGGACCUUUACCUCCGCAAUGAUUAUACUAGCCAAAUAGAUUGUGGUCAUAGUAGCAAGGUUUUGGUGAUGAUGUUGCCCCGCCCCCCUCCCUCCUCUUCCUUUGUGUCAAGGUCAGUGGUGUCCCUUAUGGUAUAAAUUGUUGACUGCUGUUACAUUUCAACAGAAUCUUCAACUUUAAAGACUUGGAAUGGCUUUUCUUAUUUUUGUCUCAUUUCUCCUCAUCUCCUCAGCAUUUGCUGAUUAUGAUCUGAUCCCAAAUGAUACUUUUGAUGAUGAAGACAUCGAUUUUUACAAUCAGGUAGAACUGGAUGUUCUGUGUAAGGUGUGCACCUCAGUUGUGAAGAAAGUGGAGAAAGUACUGCCUGAUGAUGCCAAAAAGAAUGACUUUAUUAAAAUCCUGCACCAUGUGUGCAACAUGAUUAAUUUCUUUAAAUCUGCGUGCAGGAAAUUUGUGUCCAAGUAUACUGAAAAACUUGCUGAGGAACUUAAGAACAAGUCGGAUCCAACACAAAUUUGUAGAGACAUUAGACUCUGCAAGGGUAUCCUAAAGGAGAUUUGAUUUACUUACAGAGAAUCCAGAUAGUCAGAGCCUGGAGUCCUCAAACACAGGGCACUUUUGAUUCAAUAAAGCUUGC